AUGAACUCGCCAAUCGAACCAGGCUCACCAACGCUCUCGACGCCGUCGUCAGGGUCCGAUGUUGAAGAAAUGAGCCUACCACCAUCUUCCUCGUUCCCAUCCGGCCUUGUUAUCAACUCUACCGGUUCCUUUGGUAACACUGUUCCUUCAUCGGCAACAUCUUUGUCGUCCAAACGCCGUCUAAACCCUGGAUCAGUGUCUAGCAGGGACCCCAGAGAUUCUAAGUCUCGCAGAAGGGACAACCCGCAUCAUCACGCCAAAGGAGCUGGCGGAGAAGGUGAAAGGGAACGAGACCGGGAAAGACAGGGAGGAAGAGGUGCGAACUAUGAAAUGCAGAAGGAGAAGAGAGAAAAGGAUGAGCUAUUAGAUAUGGGAGCCGUUGAAUUUCUGAGGAAAGAAAUCGGCGAUCCAUUUGUGGAAAUAUCAUUCGAAUGA